GGCCGGCUCCUUGCUCCACCCAGUCCUCGCCCCCACGAGGCCCCCCCCCGAGGCCGGCCCGGCUAGGGGAGGGGUGGGGGCCCUUGCCUGGCCGGCUUCCCCUCCCCCGGCUCUGCCUGUGCCCCCUCCCUUGCGUUUUCACCUUCCUCCCUCCUUUCCUCCCUCCUUCUCCUCCAUUUGCUCCUUCCCCCUCUCUUCUCUCCCCUUCCCUCCUCCAUUUUCUCCUUUCCCCUUUUCCCCUCCCCGGCCCGCCCUCUCCUCUUCCACCUGUCCUUCCUCACUGUUCCCGGGGAGCCCCUGUUUUGGAUUAGUUGGGGGCCAUUACCGGAGGCGGGGGAGGGGGCCCUGUGGACUGCCCUCUCCCCCCGCCCCAGCCACACCACCCAGUGCCAGAGCAUCUCUUCGUUGUCGUUCCUCGGGCCUCGAGGGAGCCCAGCCCUCCGUCCCACCAGGAUCCGUGGCGAGUGGGGGCCGCGGCAGCUGCGUCCCCAUGAGGAGGGGAGGAAGAUGCCGGCUGAGCUGCUGCUGCUGCUGAUUGUUGCCUUCGCCAGCCCCAGCUGCCAGGUGCUCUCAUCACUGCGCAUGGCUGCCAUCCUGGAUGACCAGACAGUGUGUGGCCGUGGUGAACGGCUGGCCCUAGCCCUGGCCCGGGAGCAGAUCAACGGGAUCAUCGAGGUCCCAGCCAAGGCUCGCGUGGAAGUAGACAUCUUUGAGCUGCAGCGGGACAGCCAGUACGAGACCACGGACACCAUGUGUCAGAUCCUGCCCAAGGGGGUCGUGUCUGUCCUGGGACCAUCCUCCAGCCCUGCAUCUGCCUCCACCGUGAGCCAUAUCUGUGGGGAGAAGGAGAUCCCUCACAUCAAGGUGGGUCCUGAGGAGACACCCCGCCUUCAAUACCUUCGCUUCGCGUCUGUCAGCCUGUACCCCAGUAACGAGGACGUCAGCCUGGCAGUCUCCCGAAUCCUCAAGUCCUUCAACUACCCCUCGGCCAGCCUCAUCUGCGCCAAGGCCGAGUGCCUGCUGCGAUUGGAGGAACUGGUGCGUGGCUUCCUCAUCUCCAAAGAGACGCUGUCAGUGAGGAUGCUGGAUGACAGCCGGGACCCCACGCCGCUGCUCAAAGAGAUCCGCGAUGACAAGGUGUCCACCAUCAUCAUCGAUGCCAACGCAUCUGUCUCCCACCUCAUUCUCCGUAAGGCCUCAGAGCUGGGAAUGACCUCAGCAUUUUACAAGUACAUCCUCACCACCAUGGACUUCCCCAUCCUGCACCUGGACGGGAUCGUGGAGGACUCCUCCAACAUCUUGGGCUUCUCCAUGUUCAACACCUCGCACCCCUUCUAUCCCGAGUUUGUGCGCAGCCUCAAUAUGUCCUGGAGGGAGAACUGUGAAGCCAGCACCUACCCCGGCCCCGCGCUGUCAGCUGCCCUGAUGUUUGACGCCGUGCAUGUGGUGGUGAGCGCUGUCCGGGAGCUGAACCGCAGCCAGGAGAUUGGCGUGAAGCCGCUGGCCUGUACAUCGGCCAACAUUUGGCCCCACGGGACCAGCCUCAUGAACUACCUGCGCAUGGUAGAGUAUGACGGGCUGACUGGGCGGGUCGAGUUCAACAGCAAAGGGCAGAGGACCAACUAUACCUUGCGCAUCCUGGAGAAGUCUCGUCAGGGCCACCGUGAGAUUGGAGUGUGGUACUCUAACCGGACUCUGGCCAUGAAUGCCACCACCCUGGACAUCAACCUGUCGCAGACACUGGCCAACAAGACACUGGUAGUCACGACCAUCCUGGAGAACCCAUACGUCAUGCGCCGGCCCAACUUCCAGGCCCUGUCGGGGAACGAGCGCUUCGAGGGCUUCUGUGUGGACAUGCUGCGGGAGCUGGCCGAGCUGCUGCGCUUCCGCUACCGCCUGCGGUUGGUGGAGGAUGGGCUGUAUGGGGCGCCUGAGCCCAAUGGCUCCUGGACGGGCAUGGUCGGCGAGCUCAUCAACCGGCAGAAGGCAGACCUGGCUGUGGCUGCGUUCACCAUCACAGCUGAGCGGGAGAAGGUCAUCGACUUCUCCAAACCCUUCAUGACCCUGGGGAUCAGCAUUCUCUACCGAGUGCACAUGGGCCGCAAGCCUGGCUACUUCUCCUUCCUGGACCCCUUCUCCCCUGCUGUGUGGCUCUUCAUGCUUCUUGCCUACCUGGCUGUCAGCUGCGUCCUGUUCCUGGCUGCCAGGCUGAGCCCCUACGAGUGGUAUAACCCGCACCCGUGCCUGCGGGCGCGCCCCCACAUCCUGGAGAAUCAGUACACGUUGGGCAACAGUCUCUGGUUCCCCGUGGGGGGCUUCAUGCAGCAGGGCUCGGAGAUCAUGCCCCGGGCGCUGUCCACGCGCUGCGUCAGCGGAGUCUGGUGGGCCUUCACUUUGAUCAUCAUCUCCUCCUACACGGCCAACCUGGCCGCCUUCCUCACCGUGCAGCGCAUGGAGGUGCCCGUGGAGUCGGCUGACGACCUGGCAGACCAGACCAACAUUGAGUAUGGCACCAUCCACGCUGGCUCCACCAUGACCUUCUUUCAGAAUUCACGGUAUCAGACGUAUCAGCGAAUGUGGAACUACAUGCAGUCAAAGCAGCCAAGCGUGUUUGUCAAGAGCACAGAGGAGGGCAUUGCCCGCGUCCUCAACUCCCGCUACGCCUUCCUGCUCGAGUCCACCAUGAACGAGUACCACCGGCGCCUCAACUGCAACCUCACCCAGAUCGGGGGCCUCCUCGACACCAAGGGCUACGGCAUCGGCAUGCCGCUGGGCUCCCCAUUCCGGGAUGAGAUCACACUGGCCAUCCUGCAGCUUCAGGAGAACAACCGGCUGGAGAUCCUGAAGCGCAAGUGGUGGGAAGGGGGCCGGUGCCCCAAGGAGGAGGACCAUCGAGCUAAAGGUUUGGGCAUGGAGAACAUUGGCGGCAUUUUUGUUGUGCUCAUCUGUGGCCUCAUCAUUGCUGUCUUUGUGGCUGUCAUGGAGUUCAUAUGGUCCACGCGGAGGUCGGCAGAGUCUGAAGAGGGCUGCUUGAGUGUCUUCACGCCGUGGAAGCUGACUCCCCCUGGAGCGAGUGAUCCAAGAGAGAGCCAAGCAGAAGCCAAAAUGUCAGCUGACCUAGCUGUAUUCUCUUGGUCACACAGCAACCCUCAUAUAAAGGCAAAGGGAAUUACACAAGGGGGCAGGAUGUGUAUCCCUUACAGAGGCUUCUCCCUGAACCCGUGCCACCACUGUCUCCUGCCUGGUGACAGUAGCAGCUUCCUAGUGGGCUCCCUGCUCUUGCCCUUGGCCUCCCUACAGUCUGUUCUCAACACAGCUCCAGAGUGA